AUGGCGGGGGAAAGGAAAUUUCGCGCGGAUGAACGACGGCGCUGGCUAUUAGACAUGACGGUCCAUUCGUUUUCGUCCUGUGUUUUCACUGCUGAAUCUAGCCUCGUAUCGUGA